AGUAUAAGAAUGAUGUGUCCCUUUUACGAGGUUUGUCAUAAAAUACAUGUAGUUACGUGUUAUCGUGGUUUUGACAACUGGGACACUGACAAAAUAGUACAAUUGAUAAGAACAAAGUAGAUAAUGUGUAUUUUACAAUAAUUACCGCCUCAGAUAUGUGGAACGUUAUUACCUUAUUGGUUAUAUGUCCUUUAUUCUGGUAUUCGGAUGCGUCUUGUCCAAACGGAUGGAUGCAUCAUGGUAAUUCAUGUUAUCACUUUAGUCACGACCAGGAGGAUUGGUCAAGUGCUGUGAAUAUGUGUCACAUUUUAGGAGGAAAAUUAGUAGAGAUUGAGACAGCUGCAGAGAACGCGUUUCUUGCUUCUAUGGCGAUGAGGUUUAAUGAAAACUACUGGAUAGCGCUCAGUGAUAUACAAGAAGAAGGCGUCUGGGUAUGGAUGGAGACAAAAACUCCCAUUUCAGAAACUGGAUAUUCAAACUGGAUUGCACAUCAACCUGAUAAUUUUAAACAAAAUGAAAACUGUGGUACAUUGAACGGAAAAGACGACAGUAAGGGGAGAUGGGCCGAUUGGCAUUGCAACAGUAAUGUUCUGCAAUACAUAUGCGAAAAUCAAGACAUUGUUGGAGGAAUAGUGGGUUAACUCUUUUAUCAUUUGAAUUAAUUUGUGUUAAAGCAACUGAAAUAAACAUCUUAUAAACCAUA